UAAUAGACCUAUAUAUAUAUCUGAAGUCAUACCCUAAACACAACCAAGUCCUAGUUACAAAGCAAGACAUACUCUGAGAAAGAAGAUGAUGAUGAUGGGAAACACAUUUGGUUCAGGCAUGGCGAGUGUGUUCUUCUUGUGGGCAACCAUUCAACAGUUCUUCCCUAACCACCUCAAGAUCGCAAUUAAAGAGUGUCUAAUCUCUUCAAUCCAACAAUUCACCUUUGUCCAGAGAUUAUCAGACAGAUUCAUCACUUUCUUCUCCCCUUACGUCGAAAUUAAAAUCUCUCAGUACGACGGUUAUCAAUACAAUCACGCUUUCGCAUCCAUCGAAACCUACCUUAGCGAAAAAGCAACCGACAAAGCCAAGCAUCUCAGAGCAAGCCAGGUCAGAGAGAGCAAAGACUUGGUCCUAAAACGAGACGACAAUAGAACCCGAGAUGAGUACAAAGGAGCUAACGUCUGGUGGGAGAUUGAAACUGACUCUGAAGGGUUUAGAACAUACAAGCUCACUUUCCAUCGACGGUCUCGUGACAUUGUAACAGAUUCUUACAUGAAGUACAUUUUUGAAGAAGGGAAGCUGAUUGACGCCAAGAACAAGAAGAUGAAGCUGUACACAAACAACCCUAGUUCUAGCUGGGGUCCUAACAAGACGGCUUUAUGGAGAUGCAUUGAUUUUGAGCAUCCGGCGAGUUUCGAUACGUUAGCUAUGGAUUCAAAGAAGAAGGAAGAGAUCUUGGAUGAUCUUGCUGCGUUUAGUAACGGGAAAGAGUAUUACAAGAAGAUUGGGAAAGCUUGGAAGAGGGGUUACUUGCUGUAUGGGCCACCGGGGACCGGUAAAUCCACAAUGAUAGCUGCAAUGGCGAAUCUCUUGAACUAUAGUAUCUAUGAUGUUGAGCUCACAGCUAUAAAAGACAACUCGGAGCUGAGGAAGCUACUCAUUGGUACAGCUAGUAAGUCUAUCAUUGUGAUUGAAGACAUUGAUUGUUCUUUGGAUCUUACUGGUCAAAGAAGUAACAAGAAGAAGAAGAAGGAGAGGUUCUUGAUGAGUUGGAAAAAAGAAAAAGACAAAGAAGAUAAUAAAGACAACAAGAGUUUUGUAACACUUUCUGGUCUUUUAAACUUCAUUGAUGGGAUCUGGUCUGCUUGUGGACAAGAGAGGAUCAUUGUCUUCACGACGAAUCACUUGGCCAAACUUGACCCGGCUUUGAUCAGGAGAGGGAGAAUGGAUAUGCACAUUGAGAUGUCUUACUGUACUUUCGAGGCGUUCAAGAGUCUAGCCAAGAACUACCUGGAUCUUGAUACUCAUCCUCUGUACACAAAGAUUGAGUCUUUGCUAAAGGAAGCGAAGAUUGCACCGGCUGAUGUUGCGGAGAACUUGAUGAAGAAGAAGAGUGAGAUAGAUGCUGAUGGGUCUCUGAACGAUCUGAUUAACGCUCUGGAGAGGAAGAAUACUCAGAAUGCCACAUUAGACGAAAGCAGUGAGAAACAUGGUUUCAAGAGAUUUAAUCCAUUCCGCAAGUUAUUUUAAGCAUUUUGAAUAUAAGAUUCAUGGUUGAUUUGGUUUAGCUUAUAAGUUGUGUUUGUCUAGUAAAUAGUAAGCAGACUCUACAUAGCUGUUUAAGCGAUUUGAUUAUAUCCUGUUCUUCAACUUUUUAGCAUUUUAGAAUACAAACACUUGCUGUUGUCAAUGA